CUGCGUGAAGACGCGACGCCGUCCCUCGUCGUUGCAACUUGUCUUGGCCGAGCAAACUUCGUUGAAUUACUUGCAGCCGUAGACACGCCGAUGCCUGGUUUUUAUUGCGGGAGCUUAUUUUCAUCCCGCGCUGCCAAUGGACGCAAAUGAGAUUGCGUCAUUGCAGUCUCUUGGAGGUUGUCUCCCGACUGGAGGAAUGACUAUAAGGGCUUUCUUGUCGCGUUGCGCUGGACUGUUGUCAUACUCUGAUUUACUCUCUCAGUCGUAACACUGGUUCUGUGCGAUCUCGAUCGUAUACAUUUUGAAUUUAAGAUACCCCCGAAGCAGCAAAGAAAGAAAAGAUGACUAGCACGCAGAUUCAUUCCACUGGACGUGGAGGCGCUGGCAACAUCGGCCAAGACGAUACUGUCUAUACCGACGGAGGCCUCGUUCGCGAAGGCAUCCAAGGCGAAUCUGUCGAAGGCGAAUUCUCAACUGGCCGCGGUGGAGCUGGAAACAUGGGCAGGUCGCCUCGUGUUGGCCCGCAGUCUGACGAAGGUCGCCCAGUCGAUCUGGUACCCGAGAUCAACCAGCGCAACCCACAGGAAGAGUUUCACACUGGACGAGGUGGCGCUGGCAACGUCUACAAGGAGAAGCACGGUGGUCACUCUCAGUCCCCAGACCGCCAGGGCUUCAGCGACAAGCUAAAGCAUGCGCUUCAUCUCGACAAGAAGAAGGAGCAUGAUCACUCUCCUCUGGCGCAAAACGAGACGGCUAAGUAGUUGCGAUAUACCCGGUUGCGCAACCUUGGUGGAGGAUAUAAUAAUGUAGUGAGCGUUCUGGACGUCAAUGAUACCACGGGUCGUAGUCUCCUUAGGCGAGCCGACCUUGUCUUUACUUGAGUAAUAUGUUUAGAUUGAAUAAACGAAAACAUUCCUUGAAUACAU